UCUUCCUCCUCCUCCUCCUCCUCCUUCCUCCUUCCUCCUUCCUUCUUCCUUCUUUCUUCUUUUUUCUUCCUUCUUCUUUCUUUUUUCUUCUGCUAUUCUUAUUAUUGUCCCUGUAGUAUAUGAUUCUAUAUUCAGCUUUAGUUUUUCUAACUUGUAAGUGCAUAUGUAUGCACAUGUAAUCACACAUAAAGUAUGUAUAUAGGCUGGUGUGGGACACUUACAAUCCCAGAACUGGGGAGGCUGAGGCAGAAGAAGCUCUUGAUGAUAGCAGCUUAGGCUGUUUAGCAAGACCCUUCUCAAACAAACAAACAAAAUAAAACAAAAACCUUUGUCAAACAUGGCAACACAUACCUUAUAAUCCCAGCACUGGAGGUGUAGGUGGGAAGAUUAGGAUAAGAAAACUUUCUUGGCUAAAACUAAAUCCCAUUGUGCUUCAGAAAUUUAUACAUGAUGUAAAAUGGUCAAGCUGAUUGAUAGACAUGUGCAUCCUAUUUUAUUUAUGUGAUGACACCUAAAGGCUGUCAUACUGUGAUAUUGUGCACAGAAGUGUGUAAUACUGUUGUUUGUGGGAUUCUUUUCAGCACCAGAUGCCUCUCUUCCGGAAGAAGAUGGUGUGGGAAAUCCUCCACCAGCAGUUGCUGUGACAAUGCCCUGCCCUGGGCCUUCUAGCUGCUGGUGGUUCUUUCAUGGAUGUUUCCAUAUACCUCAUGCAUUAUGGGUUAAAAGUCCCCGUAUCAUUUCUGUUCUCUCACAGGUACUGAGCUAUCAAGAGUGCAUGAAGGCCUCUCCACAGUAGCCCUGACUUGAGGUGUGGAGGGGCUGCUUGCAGCCCUGUUUGUAAGGCUGUGCCUGCCCAGAGCCCUGGACUGUUCACCCCAUACAAGAACAAAUGCUAAUUAAUAUUUUUUGUUUUAAAGAGUUAUUUCCAUAUGAAUGUGGGAAAUGCAGGAUUUGUUCUAUGAAUUGUUGUUUUCUGUAUAUUUGUUCACAUGUAUUCAUUCACUCACUCAUUUGCAAACAUUGGGCAGUGCCCUUUUCUCACUGCUCUUUUAUAAUUAACUAUAAAUAAUUUGUUUGAACUAUUUAUUUCUGAAAAGAAUGUAAUCUAACUGCCACUCCCUGCUGCAGAGGGACCUCAGCAGGGGGAGGAAGGAAGUUGACUAGCUUCUCUAGUGCUGGAGUAGGAACUGCCGACAUGAAGUUAACCUUCUCCCUUUAGAGGCUUGAAAAUGCCAGAAGAAAUGACGAUGCUGUGUUGUAUUGAUCUAGCUGCCUCUUAGAGAGUCUGCCGCUAUGACACAGGCACAGUUCAUGGAAAUGUGGCCAAGGACCUCAGUCUCUGCAUCCUCAGAGCAAUGCAUGCUCAUCUUAGAGACUUUCUUUUUUAGAACUGAAGUAGCUUGGCUUCCUCUCAAAACUGGAUUCAAAGUAACUGUGACCAUAAAUGUUUCAUCCUAGGUGUGGUUGAGUAUGACCCUCACAAUGGUAGAGGGCUGGCCUGAACUGUCUGUUUCAGAAGAUGCUCCUCAAUUUAAGCCUAUUUUUCCUCAGAGGGUUUUUUUUUUUUUAAUAUAUAAAUAUAUAAAAAGCUGAAAUUAAGUUCUUGGCUCAUUAGCAUGCCCUACUCCAGUCCCACUGAGCCUCCGGAGAGAGAUUUAGUCCGUGGCUCUGAGGUCAUCUUUUACAGUCAUCUAUUUUGCAUACGAAAGUUUGUAUUUAACUUUUUUGUUCAUUAAAAAUCUUACAGAUGUGGUUAUGCAUUUUUAAUUUCAGAAAGUUGGUCAGAGCAUAUUUUAUAAGAUCUAGUGCCUAGUGUUGCUUUUAUCAUGUAAUAAAAGACUGUCUGGCAGAACCUAGAAUAUGCUGAUAAUAUCUCCUCUUUUGUCAGCUUCAACUUUCCAAACUUGUUCUGGAAACAAACAAAGAGAAGAGAUAAACUUAGAAAAGCUGCCUGCAUGUUAGAUACAGAUGUACAUAUCUGCUCUUGAGAAUCCUGGGUAAGCUGCUUAGAGGUUGUAACAGUUGAAAUCUGUUUUUUCUGAGACUUGAAGUAGCCUUGGUAUGGAAGCUGGGCCUGUGAUGUGGACCCAAAUGACUGAGCCUACCCAACGAGACCUGAUGGCCUGGCCAGACCUGAGAGCAUGUGGUCCAGUGAUUCAGGGGUGAACUGUUUGUGCUUCUUCCUCCACAAGGACAGACUGUACAGAGAUCCCUUCCUUUAGCCUAGACCCUUUUCCUGCCCCACCCCCAGGAGCUGUGCCAGUGAUGCUGGGAUCUGGCAGCUGGUAUAACCAAAGGAGCUCAGAAGUUGACUGUGUCUACACUGCUGAAAAUUGGAUGCUAGAAUUCUACCUGAGAGUUUAUGGCUCAGAUCUACUGAGAUAACUGCCUGACCUGAAUUUAAUCCCCUGCACCCACCAUGGAAGGAAAAACUGACUCCCCUAAAUUAUCCUCUAACCUGCACACUGGCACACACCAACAGGUGCACCGUAAUAGUAAUAAGUAGAUUUUAAAAGGAAUUAAGGGCCUUGGAUAAGGUUUGUUUCUGUUGGCUUUGUUUUCUUGCAUGGUGAUUUGUUCUCCACUCAGGUGAGUGGUGCUGUGGUUGAUGUGGUAUUUGAGGGGCAUCCUCUGAGCUUACCACCAAUGUUUGCUCUUGAGUGCUAUUCUUAAUUCAGAACACGAAGCUGGAGAGAAUUCACUCCCAGUCUCAGCCCAGCACCCAUGUCAUAAGCUGGGCAGCUGCUCACAUCUGCAAUCCCAGUUCUGAGGGAAUAGAGGCAGGAGGACCAGACCCUGAGGAACAGCAGGAGUGAUGGAGGACACUGACCCCUCUUCCGGCCACCCCGUGUGCACAUCUGCAGGCAGUGCACACACCACACUUAUGCAGACACACAGUAAGUCUACACAACAGCAAAGUAGAGGUACAGACGUGAAGCUACAGGUGCACUACUCUGCCUGAAUUCCAGAAUCCAGGCUAAGGCACCGCAACCCAUGGUUCUCUGAUAUGUCUCCCUUGGUGUGAGGAAGUGUGUGGGUAAUAGAAUUGUUACAGUCAAACAGAUUAUGAAAUAAAAAUAGGUGAUAAAAACAGCUAUUGGUGUAACUAGUGAGUCAGCAAAAUUAAAGCCAGUGAUUUGUGUGUGUGUGUGUGAAAUUUUAAUUUUGGGACCUGAAAAAGUGUUGCAUUGUUCUGUUUAGCCCACAGUCUCUGAAAAUGAGUAAAUUUUAAGAAAUUCAUAGUGUUGGUGACUUCUCUUUCUGUAGUUGACUGCUUUACCCUUGUGCUUUACCUGGAGUUGGGGUGGAGGAAAGCUGUCCAACCACCCCUGCAGAUUUUGUAUCCUAUCCAAGUUGAUUAAGGCUGUUAGAACCCCCACUCCUUCUCUCCUGAGUCUUGGACACAACUUGGGGACUGCUGAGGGGAUGCUGGGUGUUCACCUACACCGAGAAGAUGCUUGUGAUGCUGGGGCCUUGUGUGGGUGUGGGGAGUCUUCCUGAAGAUACAGUAAACCCCAAAUACAUAAACAUAAAAUACUGUAGUCAACCUGUAGCACAAAUCUUAAAAGUUCUUAUUAAUAAACAUAUCCAGAGCCAGGUAGGAAUGCUGAAUGAUCAGAGAAACAGAACAAGCCACAGCCACCUCACCUUGCCAAUUCCUCAGCUGAUCCUGUUUCCUCAGGCUGGAAGCCUGUGAGUCUUCAUUCAAAAUGAAUCUCAGCUUUACUGCUGCUCAAAAGCCUAAAAGCUUAACCAGGCUAGUUCCUGGUCCUCACACCUUAUAUACCUCUCUGCUUCCUGCCAUCACUUCCUAAGAUUAAAGGCGUGAGUCACCAUGCCUGGCCGUUUCCAGUGUGGCUUUGAACUCACAGAGAUCCAGAUGGAUCUCUGCCUCUAGAAUGCUAGGAUUAAAGGCAUGUGCCACCACUGCCUAACCUCUACGUUUAAUAUUAUGGCUGUUCUGUUCUCUGACCCCCAGAUAAGUUUAUUGGGUUGCACUAUAUAUCAACCACAGUCAACCACAUUAUUUAAAUGGCUUUGUGAGCUAAUUUUGAGAAGACCUCCAUAUCAAAUAAGUUUUUAGAAUUUAUUUGUAAGGUAGAGAUACAGCUGGCUUGCUAACUUAUUGUUUUAAUUUAAUGUACACAGGGAUAGGCAGGUGGCGGUGGUGCAUGCCUUUCAUCCCAACACUUGGGAGGCAGAGCCAGGAGGAUCUCUGAGUUUGAGGCCAGCCUGGUCUACACAGCAAGAUCCAGGACAGACUCCAAAAUUACACAGAGAAACCUUGUCUCGAAAAACCAAAAAAAAAAAAAAAAACAAAAACAAAAAACCAUACACGUGUGUGAUUUUGGGUGUGUUGGAAUAGAUAAUUUUAUCUAUUUAUGAGGAAAUUAUUAAGUGGGUUUUUAGAUUUUUGUAUUGAAACUCAAUAUAUUUUAUCUUAUAAUCAAUAUAUAACGCAUGUACACAAUUAUUUUGUGAAAUAAAUGUUUGCUUUUUCAGGCUGGAGAGAGGGCUCAACAGUUAAGAGCCCUUGCUGUUUUUGUAGAGGACCAUAAAUUUUAAUCUCAGCAUUCACACUGGGCAGCUCAGAAUGGCCUAUAAUUCUGACUCCAGGGAAUCCGCCACCCUUUCUGGGCCCUGCACACUCAUACAUGGUAUACACUCACAUAGACAAACACACAGUCGGACCAGCUAGAGAGAUGGCUCAGUUGUUAAAGAGCACUUGCUUCGAGCCUCAGGGGAUCCAAUGCUCUCUUCUGGCCUCCUUUGGCACCCAUACUCACAUGCACAAACCCCCACACAGAUAAUUAAAAAUAAAAAUUUUGAGACAGGGCCCCCACCUGUCCUAUAAUAUAUAAAUCAGGCUGGCCUGGAAUCCACAGAGGUCUGCCCACCACUUCCUCACCAGUGCUGGGAUUAAAAGCAUGCACCAGUAUGCCUAGCUCUAAAUUUUCUUUUUCCUUUCGAAAAAUUUAUUUGUUUAUUUUUUUUUUUUUUUGGUUUUUCGAGACAGGGUUUCUCUGUGUAGCUUUGUGCCUUUCCUGGAACUCACUCGGUAGUCCAGGCUGGCCUCGAACUCACAGAGAUCCGCCUGGCUCUGCCUCCCGAGUGCUGGGAUUAAAGGCAUGCGCCACCACCGCCCAGUGGUCGAAAAAUUUUUUAAAGACAGGAAAUGGGCCAAGAGGGAGGAAGGGAAGGAGGGUGAAAGAGAGGCACAAGCUAAUUCAAGAUGAUCCAUCUAAACCUAGGCAAACAGGCUAGAAGCUUCCAGAUCCUUAAUGGAAAUCUGUAGGGUAAUCACUCUGGUUUGUACAUUGGCAUUUCCAGUAGAAGUCCUGUUACUUCUCUACAUAGGUGAUAAGACAGGGAAUCUGGGAUUGACAGGAUGGCCCAACAAGCAGCUGAGUUCACUCCCUAGAACCUGUGGGGGAAGGAGAGAACCACCAUCCAAAAGCUGUCCUCUGACCUCCAUAUGCAACGCCAACACACACACAAAUUCAGAUUUAGAAACACAAAGGAGUCUGGCUGAGUGAAUGUGAGAAGUGUGUCUUCUUUCUGAACAUGCAUAGCCAACACGAAGGUUUUACAUUAACAAAUUAUGUCUUUGUUUUUGUUUUGUUUUGAGAAAGGUCUCUGUAACUCAGGCUGGCCUGGAACUCACUUUAAAGUCCAGACUGUCCUCAAACCUACUGCCUCCUGAGUGCUGGGAUUACAGGCAUGCACAACUAUGCCUAGCUAAAUGUCUUAGCCUAGCAUCUUUCAAAUGUAGAUACUGAGUCCUUGUCUCCAAGACCCCUAUGGAACUGUUUACAUGAAACUGUUAGAACUACAGAGUUCUUGGGGGCAUGUGAUUCAAAUAUAUAAAGAAAAGUUCUACACCCCUGCUGUAAACCCCCCCCCCACACACACACACUACAUGUCAUAUGUCAAACAUGUUACACACAUAUUUGGCAGUCAUAAAGUGUGAUUCCUAAGUAUCUGACAUCUUUUAUAAUCUCAUUUAGUAAUGUCAAUAAAAAGUACUUAUGGUAGAAAAAUACUGAUAGCAGGUAAAGAAUAAAAAUUCUGGCCACCUACCACCCCACUCCAUACCCAGACUUCCCACAUCUUCCAGGGUCCCACAGCCAGUCCCACCACCAUCUCCUCUUCUGAAGUCAACCUCUAGAUGUCCACUAAGACCUGCCCUACCUACGUCCAUCUGCAAGACCCUUUGCCCUGCCUGCACCACCCCACAUCAUAUAUCAAUCCAUUCAUAGUAGGCAAUUUCACUGGCCCACUUUCUCCAGUAGAUCAUCUGGACAAAAAAUAAACAUCUGAAUUAAUUGACAUCAUACAUUAAAUGGACUUCACAUAUCUACAGACUAGUCUAUGCAAACACCAAAGAAUAUGCAUUCUACUAAACAGCACAUGGAAGCUUUUCUAAAAAUAGGCCACAUCCUGGGUCACAAAUGAUUACAAAUUCAAAAUGAUUGAAAUAACUUCUUGUAUCCUAUCUGACCACAAUGCAAUAAAACUUAAAAUUGAUACUGGACAGUGUUGGUCCAUGCCUCUAAUGCCAGCAUUUGGGAGGCAGAGACAAGUUUGAAGCCAGCUUGGUCUACAAAGUGAGUUCUAGGACAGUCAGGGCUGUUACAUAGAGAAACCCUGUCUCAAAAAACAAAACAAGAGAAAAACAAAAAGCCCAGGACCAGAUAGAUUCACAGCAGAAUUCUAGACAUUCAAAGAAGAUCCUUCUUAAACCAUUCAAAAGAGUGCUCCAAACUCCUCCUAUGAAGUCAGUAUCACUCUGAUACCUAAACCAGGUAAAGGCAAAACACAAAAAGAAAACUACAGGCCAAUAUUCCCGAUGAACAUAGACUCAAAAAUAAUAAAUACUUGCAAACAGAAUACAGACAUAACAUCAAAAAGAUUAUCCACCAAAUUGGAAUUAUCCCUGAAAAGCAGGGAUGGUUCAACACAUGCAAGUUGAUAAAUAAAUGACAUAAAUGGACUUAAAAGCAAAAAUCACAUGAUCAUCUCAAUAGAUGCAUCUCAAUAGAUCUCAAAAAAUACUUGACAGGAUCCAACAUUCAUGAUAAAAGUACUAGAGAAUAGAAGGCUAGAGGAAGUAAAAGCUAUAUACAAGUAAUCCACAGCCAACAUCUUUCCUGAUGGAGAAAAGCUUGAAGCAAUCCCACUAAAGUCAGGAACAAGACAGGUCUCCUAUCCCAACUCCUUCUCAAUGCUGUGCUCGAAGCACUAGCUGCAGCAAUAAGGCACGAGAAGGAAAUUAAAGGGACACAAAUAGGGAAAGAAGAAAUCAAACUAUCCAUUUGCAGAUGACACACUAUACACGAGAGAUCCCCAAAAUCAAAAUCCUACCAGAAAACUUCUGGAGACAAUGAACACAGCAAUAUGGCAGGAUACAGAAGCCAUGUGGAAGAGGAGGUGGAAAGUUUUGUACCGGAACAUCCAACUGUCACACCUUCCCCAAGUGAUGUACAAAAGUUCCCGAAUUCCUUCGUGAAGGUGGAACCUGGUAUCCACAGAUGUGAUUCUAAUGGCUUGGGAGAGAACCAUCAAGAGCAUAUUGUUGCUACUGAGAAUGCUGAAAUACUGCAAGUCCAGGCAGACACUUCUGUAGAAGUACCAGAAAGCGAAACAGAAGUGUACCCUGAAACUUCUACCAGUUCCAAUUCACCAAACAGCGUACCAGAUCUACCAAAGAGGAUGGUGAAGGUGAUGUCUAAAAAGAACAGACAUGUUUCCAUAAUUAAAUGGAGGCUCUUUAGGAGAGGAACCGGUUUUCCAACGGAUGUUGAAGUACCUCAAGUCCAGGCAGACACUUCUGUAGAAGUACCAGAAAGCGAAACAGAAGAUUCUAAUGGCUUGGGAGAGAACCAUCAAGAGCAUAUUGUUGCUACUGAGAAUGCUGAAAUACUGCAAGUCCAGGCAGACACUUCUGUAGAAGUACCAGAAAGCGAAACAGAAGUGUACCCUGAAACUUCUACCAGUGCCAAUUCACCAAACAGCGUACCAGAUCUACCAAAGAGGAUGGUGAAGGUGAUGUCUAAAAAGAACAGACAUGUUUCCAUAAUUAAAUGGAGGCUCUUUAGGAGAGGAACCGGUUUUCCAACGGAUGUUGAAGUACCUCAAGUCCAGGCAGACACUUCUGUAGAAGUACCAGAAAGCGAAACAGAAGUGUACCCUGAAACUUCUACCAGUGCCAAUUCACCAAACAGCGUACCAGAUCUACCAAAGAGGAUGGUGAAGGUGAUGUCUAAAAAGAACAGACGUGUUUCCAUAAUUAAAUGGAGGCUCUUUAGGAGAGGAACCGGUUUUCCAACGGAUGUUGAAGUACCUCAAGUCCAGGCAGACACUUCUGUAGAAGUACCAGAAAGCGAAACAGAAGUUACUGUUGAAAUGCAUUAAUCUCAUUGGGUGACAUACAGUAGUUGUAAAUCAUUAUUGUACGAUAAGAGGGAAAGAUGAUGACCUUAGCAUUAGUUUCCUAUGUAGAUAAUGUUGACUUGUAUAGUUCCUCAGUUGAAAUUCAACCACACGAUUUAAGAAUGAAAUGUAAAUUCACCUUUUGCAAACAUUGAGUAACAAGAAACAGAGGAAAGGUGAGCUCAAUCUUGUCUCUGUCACCGUCCCUUCACCUGGUGUAGGCAGGAAUAGGUGAGGCAACCUCUCUG